ACGAUAGUAUCGAGUACAAGUUAUGCCAGUCGGUGGUAUCGAUAUGUUUGCAUAAUCGAUUCCGUCGUUCGAUAUCGCUGUCAUGACAACCAAAAAUAGCGGCUCUUCUUUAAUAAAUAAAAUAUACAAAAAUAUAGAAAAUUAAAAUGAGUGGCGAAAAGAAAGCAAUGGAGUUGCAAAUGCAAGUGCGUCGGAACGCAAGCGAGUAUCAGAAUUCGGUAAAAGAUCUGUAUUCAUGGGAAAAGGAAAUCAAAAGCAAGGAAGAAGCAUUGAAGCAUGCGCCCGCUCCAAAAAUUCAACCUACUAACAAGGCACCAGUGCGCAGUCAUGUGACAACGGCAAAUGAGACGACAAAGAAACCAGGAACGGGCAAGAAAGUACAAGAAUGUGAAACAGGUAGCCCUGGAAGCUCAGCAGCUAGCACACCUACCGAGAAGCAAGACCUGCCCCAGGAUGGGUUGGCACAGCAGCACAAGAAGGCCAAUGACAUUAAAGAUCGCGGCAACAGCUAUGUAAAGCAGGCGGACUAUGAGAGGGCCAUCGAAGCAUACACAAAAGCUAUAGAGAUUUAUCCCUACGAUCCCAUAUACUUAAUUAACCGUGCGCUGUGUCAUAUCAAGUUGGAACGUUAUGAUUACUGCGUGGACGAUUGUGAGGCAGCAAUCGCGCUGGACAAGCUAUGUGUUAAGGCCUAUUAUCGUCGCAUGCAGGCAAAUGAAUCGCUGGGCAAUAAUAUGGAAGCUCUCAAGGAUUGCACCACUGUGUUAACACUAGAUCCCAAGAACAUUGAAGCCAAACGCAGCUUGGAGCGCAUCAAUGAACGCUUGCGCAAAAUUGCAACUAAACACGGUCCAAACUUCAAUGCAGCACGCGAUGACUUGGUUGAUAUUUUGCCAUUUAAUAAACCAGCUUAUAGGCGCUCGAAAAAACCCAUGCGUCGUGUGCCUGUUGUCGACAUUAUAUCGCCAAGACCCAGCCUGGAUGAGUCCAAGCAAUUACGCAUAUCGGAUGACGAUAUUGAUAAAAUCUUUAACAGCAAUUGCGGGCCAUUUGAGGAGGUGAAAAAAGAGAAUGUUCAGAAGCCUGCAACUAAGACAAUUUCCCAGGAAACAAACAAAAAGCUGGUUGUAAAAGAACAGGAGUCAAAGCAAGCGUCUGCUCAGUCGAAAGUCGUUGAGAAUAGUGCAAAUGCCUCAGAAAAACUUGCCAAAGCUACUUUAAAAGAGAAUUCAAAGCCGAAAGAUUCAGAUAAGGAUAAGAAAUCUGUUGAAAACCCUGUUCCGCAAGUUCCUCAAAAAGUAAAAGUAAAAGAUUCUGAAAAAGACGUCAAAGCACCUGAAGUAACUGGGGAAACUGACAAUUCCUGUAACAAACCCGAACCACAAAUCAAAGAGACUUCAACUACCUCAAUGGAGCGUGUACCAGCAGCGCCAGCCGGCACAGCUCAGUUCUAUAUCACAUGGAAGGAAUUAACUCCAAUUCAGAAAUAUCACUAUUUAAAAUCUAUUGAAAUACCUAAUCUAUGUAAAGUACUUGGCGCUGGUUUCGAUUCGGAAACAUUUACGGAUCUAUUACGCACCCUGCAGGACUUCUAUGUGCCCAACAAGGAGCCCACAACGGCUGCAGUGCUAUUGGAAAUAUCCAAAAACGAUGAGUUCUCCAUUUUGGCAAUGCUGAUGUCCCAGGAGGAAAAGAAAAUGGUUGCUGUCGUAAUGGACGCUAUUAAGGAGUUCCCCAAAAGCAAUAAAAUAUUGUUGGAUAAACUUGGCAAAGCCUAUAAUCUGGCAUAAAACUUUAGUUUUUAGAAACAAUGAAAUGUACUUGAUUUUCUUCAAAUUUUUAGCUCAAACAUUAAACAAUUUUUAAAAUGUUAAAUAAAAAUAGAUGAGAGACAUGUAAAA